UGGAGCCAAAGGUGGGGCGUCCAGCUCAGCACCAACAUUCAAGUCACCUGGUCACCAGGAGAGGCCUCAGAUUUCCCUGUCCUAUUGGAGUGGUUCCACCAUGGAGGGCCAGUUCAGGCAGCCAGAGCUCCUGAGCUGUGGUGGGAAGCUGCUGUGGAUUUAAGAGGAUGCGAUGCCUCCCCUAACUGCCAGCGCAUAAGCCACACACUCCUGGGAUCACCCCGCUGUCCAGGAGCACCCACCUCCAGGAUCCCUGUGCCCACUGCGUCCUUAGCCAUGAGCAGCCCCCCUGCUUACCCUGGCAUCAGGAUCUCAGGGUGCUGGGCCCUUGGACCAGAAGGCAGUAGCAAUGCAGGGUCCCUGGACAGACUCCUCCCACCUGUGGGUACUGGGCGCUCACCCCGGAAGCGCACCACCAGCCAGUGCAAGUCUGAGCCACCCCUGCUGCGCACGAGCAAGCGUACCAUCUACACGGCAGGGCGGCCUCCCUGGUACAACGAGCAUGGCACUCAAUCCAAGGAGGCCUUCGCCAUCGGGCUGGGAGGUGGCAGUGCCUCUGGGAAGACUACUGUGGCCAGGAUGAUCAUCGAAGCACUAGAUGUGCCCUGGGUGGUCCUGCUGUCUAUGGACUCCUUCUACAAGGUGCUAACACAACAGCAGCAGGAGCAAGCAGCCUGCAACAACUUCAACUUUGACCAUCCAGAUGCCUUUGAUUUUGACCUCAUCAUUUCCACUCUCAAGAAGCUGAAGCAGGGCAGGAGUGUCCAAGUCCCCAUCUAUGAUUUCACCACUCAUAGCCGAAAGAAGGAAUGGAAAACACUCUAUGGUGCAAAUGUCAUCAUCUUUGAGGGCAUCAUGGCCUUUGCUGACAAGACGCUGCUGGAGCUCCUGGACAUGAAGAUCUUUGUGGAUACAGACUCUGACAUCCGACUGGUACGGCGGCUGCGCCGGGACAUCAGCGAGCGAGGUCGGGACAUCGAGGGUGUCAUCAAGCAGUACAAUAAGUUUGUCAAGCCUGCCUUUGACCAGUACAUCCAGCCAACCAUGCGCCUGGCAGACAUUGUGGUACCCAGAGGGAGCGGGAACACGGUGGCCAUCGACCUGAUCGUGCAGCACGUACACAGCCAGCUGGAGGAGAGGAAGCUGCGUUGGGAUAUGGCCGCCCUGGCCUCAGCACACCAGUGCCACCCCCUCCCCCAGACACUGAGUGUCCUCAAGAGCACACCUCAAGUUCGUGGCAUGCACACCAUCAUCAGGGACAAGGAGACCAGCCGGGACGAGUUCAUCUUCUACUCCAAGAGGCUGAUGCGGCUGCUGAUUGAGCACGCCCUCUCCUUCCUCCCCUUCCAGGACUGUGUGGUGCAGACUCCACAGGGCCAGGACUACGCGGGCAAGUGCUAUGCAGGGAAGCAGAUCACAGGUGUGUCUAUCCUGCGUGCUGGGGAGACCAUGGAGCCUGCACUGCGUGCUGUGUGCAAAGAUGUCCGCAUUGGGACCAUCCUCAUCCAGACCAACCAGCUAACUGGGGAGCCUGAGCUCCAUUACCUGCGCCUACCCAAAGACAUCAGUGACGACCACGUGAUUCUGAUGGACUGCACAGUAUCCACAGGCGCAGCCGCCAUGAUGGCAGUGCGUGUGCUCCUGGACCAUGAUGUGCCUGAGGACAAGAUCUUCUUGCUAUCACUGCUCAUGGCGGAGAUGGGUGUGCACUCCGUGGCCUACGCAUUCCCUCGUGUGAGAAUCAUCACCACAGCUGUGGACAAGCGCGUCAAUGACCUUUUCCGUAUCAUCCCAGGCAUUGGGAACUUCGGUGAUCGAUACUUUGGGACAGAUGCCGUCCCCGAUGGCAGCGAUGAGGAGGAGGUGGCCUCCACAGGCUAGACUUCCAGGCUGAGCCAUCAGUCCCCACCCCACUUUCCCUCCCCCUCCUGUCGGGAUUGCAGAGCAAAGGAUGUUAACUGAAGCUGUGUGUAGUGUUGCACACCUGUAAUCCCAGCACUCAACAGGCUGAGGCAGCAGGGUUGCAGAAGUUCAAGGCCAGCUUGAAC